CAGGAGAAACACUACUAGCAUUGAACUAUUGUAGAACAUUCCCUGUUUACACUACACCUUGAUAGUCAGCGAACUACAUAAUCUUGAUUCUGUACGUAUUCUUGAAUUAGCUGAAUUAAUUGCGGACACAAUUUUUUAUUCCUUGUCCUAAAAAUGUACCUGCCGUUUUUCGUGCACUCCAUCGCAACUUGUAUUAUUACUAACCACAUCCAUUCUUUCCGUGCUGAUAACUUAAACUGAAAUACUGUAGUUACAAUGGAGCUGUUACCUUCGGGGAUGUUAUACUCGUACUCUGAUCUCUUGUCAGUGAUAGGUUAUUUUCUCACAUGGCGCAUAGUUUGGUACUACUUACGUCGCUGCCCAGAACAACUUUUCGUAAUUUUGGCAUGCGUGUACUGGAUACAUCGUCUACCAGGAGUGCAGACUGGUUGGCCACGAUUUGCCUUCUUCGAUGAUGCUCGUUUCUGCAUAGGAUGCCGUGAGGCACCGGAGAACUGCACCAGCCCAGGAUUGACCGGACCAAUGUGCCGGCACGAAUACUCUUUAUGCGUCACCGUCAUGGGCAUGCGCAAAAAUGCUGGAAAGUGGGAGCUGCAAGUAGAGCGGAUCUGCUCCGAUCAUGAUGAUAUGGUCGAUCAAGAUAACGCUCUGUUUCGUACGUUUUCCCGCGGCGACGAUAUGGCCACGGUGUGCACGAUGUCAACGCUGCCUGUCGCGCAGUUCGGCCUGGGACCAGAUGGGACGCCGCUGCUGAGACGGCGAUGUGUGUGCGCUUCUUUUUUUUGCAACGAUAAUCUAUGGGAUGACUACUGGAAGAUGCCAUUUUUACCCGAAAAUCCCAAGCUAUCGGAUACUCCCCAGUUUCGUCCGCCGGGAAAUUAUUCUCUGGAUAAAUUGAAGGAAAUUAUUGCGAAUGCCAACAAUCCUUUGACCACGCGUGCGCCAACUACCACCGUGUUACCGUCAUCAACAACCACUGGCACCCUUCCAUUUUCCUGCUAUUACUGCAUUGGCUCGGAACUCACUUGUCGUAAUAUUACCCAGAUCGCGGUAUGCAAACCCGGAAUUAAAACAUGCAUUUCCGCUACCGGCGUACGGCGGCAGCCAUCCAGUGGAAAAUGGGCCCUGAGUCUGGACCGGUAUUGCUCUGACGAGGGCGAUGCGGCAGAGGAUUUUGCGGAUUUCCACACACUGUCCAAAGGAGCCAAGAUGGUCUGCAUUCUACUUGAGCGUGAUAGGGAAACAUUCGGUCUGGGGCCGGAUGGGAGACCGUUAAUUGACCAUCGAUGCAUCUGCGCCGAGGAUAAAUGCAAUAUGCCAACGUGGAACCAGAUCAUGGAUGGCCCUUCGAUUCCUUAUAAGCCGGUGUACACGGUGAAUGAUACGCUCCAUGUCCAACCUCCGGGAAACUAUUCUCUGGAAGCCCUAGAAGAGCUGAACAAUGAUGACAAGGGCAACAUCACAACGACUCCACCAGGCGGCAAUAAUCAUACCGUUAGCGGAUGUUGAUGCUGGUUUAACCCAUACGUGACUGUCGCAUUUACUGUACUGCUGAUUUUCAAUUAAGAAAGAAAAAUGACACCACAAUCGAUUUGUAAUAUAACGAAUUCUAUUAGUACUCAUAACCUUUGUGCCUGAAUGUACUC